AUGGAGCCCUCUCUCCCCUCCCAGUGGCUGCGGAAUUCUGCCAGGAUAAGACGGCUGCUGCAGACCUCCCAGAGCCCAGUGCUGCUCAAUUCCAGCCUGGACUCCAAGACCAGGGACUUUGCCUCCGAGUCCGUGGGUCUUUUCUUCAUGCUCUUAAUUGACUUGACAGCCAUCGUCGGCAACGUCGCCAUCAUGACGGUCAUUAUCAAGACGCCCGCGCUGAGGAAGUUCGUCUUCGUGUUCCACCUGUGCCUGGUGGAUCUCCUGGCCGCCGUCACGCUGAUGCCUCUGGCUAUGCUGUCCAGCUCAGCCUUCUUCGAUGGCACGGUCUUUGGCAAUGCCAUAUGCCGCACCUACCUGUUCCUGAGCGUCUGCUUCAUCACCAUGUGCAUCCUCUCCAUCUCGGCCAUCAACAUAGAGCGCUACUACUACGUGGUGCACCCCAUGCGCUACGAGGUGAAAAUGACAGUCGGCCUGGUGGUUAGCGUCCUGGUUGGAGUCUGGAUCAAGGCCGUCAUCAUGUCCAUCAUCCCCAUCCUGGGAUGGCUUUUCCAAGACCAUGGCAGUAGCAUCUCAACGUACAGCGGACAGAGCUGCACCUUGCAAUGGAGCCGCAGUGCCUACUGCAAAUUCUUUGUGGUUUUCUUUGCCCUUUUCUACUUCCUCCUGCCCAUCUCCAUCAUUUUGGUUGUCUACUGCAGUAUGUUCAAAGUGGCCAGAGUAGCUGCCAUGCAUCAUGGCCCGCUGCCCACUUGGAUGGAUACCCCCCGGCAGCGGUCAGAAUCCCUUAGCAGCAGGUCCACUAUGGUGACCAGCUCAGGAGCCCCUCGGACCACUCCUCAGAGGACGUUUGGGGGUGGGAAAGCUGUCAUCAUCCUCUUGGCAGUGGGAGGCCAAUUCCUCUUCUGCUGGCUGCCAUAUUUCUCCUUCCAUCUCUACUCUGUGCUGAGUUCCCAUUUCCCUGGCCGGCAAACAGAGAAUGUGGUGACUUGGAUUGGCUACUUUUCAUUCACAUCCAAUCCCUUCUUCUAUGGGUGCCUCAACCGACAGAUCCGAGGAGAACUCAGCAAGCACCUCAGCUGUUUCUUCAAGCAGCCACCAGAGGAGGACCUCAGGCUGCCAAGCAGGGAAGGCUCCAUUGAAGAGAACUUCUUGCAAUUCCUGCAAGGGACGGGCUGCAAUGCCGAAGCAAGAAACACUCUCGCCCACCCAAGCCCCAAAAGGGACCAACCGACCAUUGAUUUCCGGAUCCCCGGGCAAAUUGUGGAGGAGACCUCAGAGUUCCUGGACCAGCACAUGAACAGUGACAUCACUGUCUCUGACAGCUACAUCAGGGCAGCAUGUUCACCCAAGCCUGAACUGUAG